AGUGUCUCAUUGACAUCUGAGUCAAAUGACUCCAAAGACUUGCCUCUGAAAAGAACAAGGCUAUCACAUUCACAUUCUCGAGCCCCCAGACCUGCAAGCAUCAGUGAUCACACAUCAGAUGAAAACUGGCAACCCCCUACUGUCCUUGACAGUAUAAAAUUUGUUGCUCACAAUGAUGAAUCAGAUAUUGAGUCAGAUGAAGAGGAUAUCACUCACUUGGACGAUCUGGAUAACAGCAACUGCUGUUCAAGGCUAAUUUAUUUUGCAGCAUCCAUGGAUGAUGAUCCAUGUGACGAGACAUGGCUGCCUCCAAGGGAGUCC